UACUACCUUCAUGAAAAAGAGUAUUUAAGGUCGGUAGGUUAUCAGAAAAAAAUUGUUUUCUUAAAACGUCAGCUUAUGUGCUUGACAACUAACCGAGUAGUUUUUUACACAAUAUUCACAUAAUGGAAAAUCAUCACGGAUAUAUAUCACCAUUAAGCUCAAGGUACAGCAGCACCGAAAUGCAGUAUCUUUUUUCAAAUCAGAACAAGUUUUCAACAUGGAGAAAACUGUGGAUAAUGCUGGCAAAAGCCGAACAGGAGCUCGGACUUCAAAUUAGCGAUGAUCAAAUCUCUGAAAUGGAAAAAAAUAUAGACAAUAUAGACUUUUCUGAGGCUGCUGAAGAAGAAAAACUUACACGACAUGAUGUUAUGGCUCAUGUACAUGUAUUUGCCAGGCAAUGUCCUCUAGCUGCUCCGAUAAUUCAUUUGGGUGCAACAUCCUGUUAUGUUGGAGACAAUACAGAUUUAUUAAUAAUAAAAGGUGCCUUAGAGUUAUUGUUACCAAGGUUGGCUCAAAUCAUUCAUAGUUUGUCCAAGUUUUCCGAGGAACAUAAAGACCUGCCUACUUUAGGAUUUACACAUUUGCAACCUGCUCAAUUAACAACGGUUGGUAAAAGGUGUACAUUGUGGAUACAAGAUUUAUUAAUGGAUGAAAGAGCAUUGAGUCGUUGCUUAGAAGACCUGAAAUUUCGCGGUGUCAAAGGAACAACUGGGACUCAAGCAUCAUUUUUACAACUUUUUAACGGUGAUAGAGAGAAGGUAAAAGCCCUAGAUAAACGUGUGGCUGAAUUAGCUGGUUUUAAACACUGUUAUGCAGUAACGGGACAAACCUAUUCUAGAAAAGUAGAUCUAGAAGUCGUUUCAGCAUUAGCAAGCUUGGGAGCAAGUGUAUCCAAAAUUUGUUCAGAUAUACGCCAUUUGGCUAAUAUGAAAGAAUUGGAAGAACCAUUUGAAACGACUCAAAUAGGGUCAUCAGCAAUGGCGUAUAAACGUAAUCCAAUGAGGUCAGAACGAUGCUGUGCUUUGGCACGUCAUUUGAUUACAUUAGUAAUGAAUGCAGCUCAUACUCACGCAAGUCAAUGGCUGGAAAGGACUCUAGAUGAUUCAGCAAAUCGUCGCCUUACGUUAUCUGAAUCGUUUUUGACAGCUGAUGCAAUGUUGCUAACCUUGUUGAAUAUAUCACAAGGUAUAGUCGUUUAUCCUAAAGUUAUUGAACGGCAUAUAAGGGAUGAGUUACCUUUUAUGUCAACUGAGAAUAUCAUAAUGGCGAUGGUCAAAAAAGGUAAUGAUCGACAAGAGUGUCAUGAAAAAAUUCGAAUAUUGUCUCAAGAAGCAGGAGCACAAGUGAAAAAAUAUGGAAAAGACAAUGAUUUAAUUGAGCGAAUCAAAGUAGAUGCAUAUUUUAAACCAAUAAUUAACGAGUUGUCAGAUUUAUUAAACCCGAAUUCAUUUACAGGCAGAGCUUCAGAACAAGUUGAAGAAUUUUUAGCUGAAGAAGUAGCUCCAGUUUUGAAAAAAUAUGCGAAUUGUAUAGCAAAAUGUACAGAAACUAUUUUUCUAAAGAUUUAAAUUCAAAACGUCACCUGAGCUUAUUACAUAAUAAAAAAUAUUAACAUAUAAUAAUAAAUUUUCGACUUUUUCUCUUUAAAUUUUUUUUUAAAGCUCCAUGCUCCAUUUCAAGAGUAAAAAUUGCAAAAAGUGAACUAAAAAGAAAUAAACAAAUGAAGGAACAAUAUUGAAAAAUGUGCCAAGUAUGGAAGAAAAAUAUUCAUUUAACCCAUUUAUUUUAAAAUAAAUGAAUUUAAAUUGACGUAGAAAAAAAAUGGAAACAGCAUAAAUAGCUCUAUACUAUGUUAAUUAUUAUUAAAUUUUUAUUUUCCAACUUUACAAGAAUCAAUCUUAGAUUUAUUAUUUUUUAAUCACUGUCAUAAUCAUUUUUGUUCAAAGGUUUCCUAACAUCGUCAUAGUUUCCAACUUCAGAGUCACUAUCGUUUAUCAUUGAAAAAGCUGGGUUAUCUUUCGUAAUAGAACGUUCAAUCUGCAUCUGUUCGUCAGGACUGUAUACGUAUGCAUGAGUGUACAAAUAAAAAUUUAAAAGACCAUAAAAGCACAUAAAUUUGGCUGAACUUUUGUAAGUGGUGUUGAGAUCAGAAAUAAAACUGUCUUCAAGUAAGCCAAAGCCAAAAUUACCCAUCGUUACUAAAGUUGAUAUAACGAUGACAAACAUCAUGAAGACGGUCAAAAACUUUAGGCGAAGAUCUGAAUUCAAGAUGUAAAAAAUAUUGUUUCUAAUAUAUAUAUAUUGAUUUAUA